AGCGUACCUGACAAAGCAUGGAGUGUGUGAGUGUACAGUGUGGAAUAGCGAGGUGAAUACUGUAUUUUAAAACUGGAUAAAGGGAAAACUGAAGUCUGUAUCUUCUAAAUGAUAUCUUUGAAGGAUAGUCUACUCUACAUUGAGCCUGGGAUUAACCAAACAAACUUUGAACAGGUGGAAAAUGCCAGCCCCAACACUGCUGUUUACGCCAAUGUCACCGAGCUGAAGAAAAACAUCCCACAAUCCCCUCCGUUAGUAGCUCUGAGUCCUGACUUACCUCUUACCCAGGAGGGAUGGCAGGUGUACACUGACAAGGACAGCGGGAAAGAGUUCUAUUACCGCCCAGCCACGGGCCAAACCACUUGGGCCGACCCCCGUAGCACCCUCCCAUCCACAGACAUGGAGCUGCCCAAGGAGGCGUUGGCUGUCCCAGCCCUGUCCAUGGCCCUUUCCCCUGCCCUGUCCCCGGCCCUUUCCCCGGCCCUGUCCCCAGCCUCAUCCCAGGGUUCCAACUGGGAACAGGUGUUGGAUGAGACCACAGGUCGAAACUACUUCUAUAACCCCACCUCUGGGGCCACGUCCUGGGGAGCUCCGGAGCCCAUCGCCCCCUCCUCUCCUGUUACUGAGCCUCCUGUGCUGAAGCUCCCAGACAGAGGACCGCCCCCUCUCCCAAAGGAAGACUACCUGACAGAAGACCACGAAGCUCCAGACACUUCCUCCUCGGUGUUCCCCAAAGACCUCCUGCCAAUGCCGCAGGCUAAACUGGCCGUCAUACCCCGGGCCAUUCUAGACAGUGUCCCGGCGGGCUGGAAGCGCUCCAUGGAUGCAGAUGGGAAGCCCGUUUUCACCAGCGAACGCACACAGGAGCAGUGGCUCAAGUCUGUGGAUCAAGAAGGAAAGACGUACUACUACCUGAGAGACGGCUCCAGAUCCCAGUGGAACCUUCCAGCAGAGCUCCCAGUUGCAUCCAGUCUGCCUAAGGUGAGGAAUGGAGUGGACCAGGACAGUCCGCCGGUUCUGAAGAACUGGAGACACACCAUCGGCCCAGCUCAGUUUGGCCCCUCCCAAGAAGACAACAGGUUCUUUCCAACACAUAGGAGAAAUGUUUCGGACAUCACCAGUGAAGCAUCCAGCUCAGGCAACUCCACCGAGACACCACACCAUACUGAUAGGUUGGGAGUACGGAGUAGACUGUCACAUCUGAGCACAGACUCACAUCAUGAGCACACACAUCUACUGGAGAAGGCAGGUAUCCUGAACAAAACCAAGGUGGCCGACAAUGGAAAAAGAAUUAGGAAGAAUUGGAGUCCGUCAUGGACAGUGCUGCAUGGAGGCAUUCUCACGUUUCACAAAGACCCAAAAUAUGCACCCUCAGGAAACUCUAACAAGACCAAUCAGAUCACCCCAGAGUACACAGUGGAGCUGCGGGGAGCCACUGUGGGCUGGGCCCCCAAGGACAAGUCCAGCAAGAAGAACGUUCUGGAGUUGAAAACGCGUCAUGGGUGUGAGUACCUGGUCCAGUACGACACAGAGAGCAUCAUUUCUGACUGGCACAGGAUCAUACUGGACACCGUCAGACAGCUGGACCAAGAUCACUUGUCGGAAGAGGAAGAGGAGGAACCUAUGGAGAAAUCUCCACUUGCUUCAGACAGAGACAAGAGGACCAGCUCAGCCACCAAAAUUACGCCAGGCAUCAGUGCCGAGUCAUCAGAUCAGGGGCGUGUCCGCACCAAACUACGCAAGUUCCUCCAGAAGAGGCCCACACUGCAGUCAGUGAAGGAGAAGGGCUACAUAAGAGAUAAUGUGUUUGGUUGUCAUCUGGACACGCUGUGCCAUCGAGAGAACAGCACUGUGCCCAGGUUUGUGGAGAAGUGCAUCAGGGCAGUGGAGAUUAGAGGUCUGGACAUUGAUGGGAUCUACAGAGUUAGUGGGAAUCUAGCUGUCAUUCAGAGACUACGCCACAAAGCAGAUCAUGAGGAAAAUCUGGACCUAGAGGACGGUCAGUGGGAGGAGAUCCAUGUGAUCACAGGGGCGCUGAAGCUCUUCCUGAGGGAGCUGCCUGAACCUCUCUUCCCUUUCAGCUUCUUCGACAAGUUUAUCGCUGCCAUCAAAAUCCAGGACUAUCCUCAGAAGGUGUCGUACUUCCGUGACCUGGUGAGGUCCCUUCCCCUGCCCAACCACGAUACCAUGCACCUCCUUUUCAAACAUCUCCUCAAAGUGAUUGAGUUUGGGGAAAAGAACCGUAUGUCAGUCCAGAGUGUGGCCAUCGUGUUUGGCCCUACGUUACUCAGGCCCCAGACUGAGUCGGCCAACAUCACCGUUUACAUGGUCUUCCAGAACCAGAUUGUGGAGCUCAUCCUCAAAGAGUUUGAGACAGUGUUUGCCCCCAGCUGAGACAUGUUCUAUGUCAUCCAUGAGUCAAGAGGGUCGGAGACAAUGGGGGUUGUCAAGUCCUGGGAAAAGACUGAUGGUUACAUGGGUUGCUAGAUUUGGUAAAGGGAGGUUUUUUUUCUGUCAGUGAACUAGCCUUUAACUGUGGUAGUUCCAAGUCUUCAACCUUCAUCCCAAGUUUCAAACUCAUGCUGUCCACCCAUCCAUUCAUCCAUCUGUUUUGGUACUUCCACUCAAAAGAACAUUGACAAAAAGGAAGUUGAGGGAAAAAGGGAAAAUGGAUGAACAUGUUGACAUACCAAAGUUUACCAUGGAUCCGAUGACAAUACCUGGCAUUAGGCAUCAUGUUUAGUUUUACGAAGAAAAUAUAUAUUACAUGUAGGUGUACAUGUAUUUGGGGGAAUAUUCUGAUGUUGUAUCCAUGGUUUGGAGUGACAUAUCUGAGACAGAUUGGUCUUUUUAGUGGAUGACCUCUUAACUAUAUGUUAAAGUCUAUGAAAAAUAUUAAAUAUUGUAUACCUUCCCGAAUGUUUCCUUAUCAACAAUACAACUAUGAGAUCUUCCUUAUCAAACCAAUUAAAAUGGUUGUUGUUGCUUUCCUUUUGGUGAGCCAUUCAGAUUUCAUACCUCGGCCUUGACUGUAAAGUUAUUUGAUUACUUCCUAAUUUAGAAAAAGGCUGUGGAUUUAUCAAGGAAUACUACUUGCGACUAUAUUGUGGUUCAUUAUGCAUAACGUGGCUGUACGUUAUGGGCAGUACAUAUGAAAAUAUAUUAUGAUAGAGCAUAACUGUACAUUAUGGUUGUUUUAUAGUAUUAAUGUUAUUACAGAACAAGGAUAAGAACAAUAUAUCAAGAUAUUUUGAACAACUUUUUUCUCUGUACAUAAGAGUUUACCUUAUAAAUGAAUGUUCUUCUAAUAAAAUAAUGUAAUUUCUGUCAA